CUGGGCGAACUGGUAAGUCUUAUCCAUUUGGCUUUGAUCAAUUUAUUAUAAUAAAUAUAAAAAAGAAAGAAAGAUAAAAGGAAUCUACAAUCGAACCUGGUCAAGUUGAUUGUGUUACAUUUUUUCAAAAAGCAACUUCCAUAGCCAAUUCGACAGAUCAUUCAUCUGUAUUUAUCCACUAUACCUUCUUUUUUCUUUUUCUCCUAACAACACACCAAUUGGGGAAAUUCCUGAUCAGAAGCCCAAUGGAUUUUACUUUUCAGCUAUUUAUAACGACAAUAGCAACCGCCGCCGCCACCGCUUUCAUAAUUUGCGGUAUCAAAUUACGGUGGUUCUGGCCCGACAACCGCCUACCGCCGCCGUUCACCGUCGAUGAAAACUACAGCGAUGACAAUUGCUGCGUUGUUUGCCUGAACAACGUGGUCGGCGGCGAGGAUUGCCGGAAACUGCCGAAAUGCGGUCAUGUUUUUCACGUCGAGUGUGUGGACACGUGGCUAGAGCGCAAUUGGACGUGCCCAAUUUGCAGAAGGCAAGUUACUGAUGAUCUUCCGAAGAAGCAAGAUGAAAAUACAAUUUUGUCCUAUCUAAUUUCCCGGAGUGAAGAUUUUAUGGUGAAGAUUUUUAGUCCUUUUACGGAAGAACUCAUGAUGACUUUGAUCGAGAGCGUAAUUUUACCUCGACCUUGAAUUUUUAGUCAUUUUGAUUAUUUUUUUCUUGCCUACAAUUUAGAGGCUAAAGAGAUUUAUUAUUUUGUUUAAUCUAUGUAUCAAAUUUAGCAUUAUAAUUAUACUUUAUUCGUAGGAGGAAAUGAUUUAAUUUUCCUGUAAUUAUUGUUAAGCAUAUGCAUAUGUUUUACCUAUUAAAUUUGAUAUAAUCCCUUCUUUUUUUCCUCGUACUAUCCGAAA